UUUGAAGGCCCAUCUCUCCCAGUCCAUUCCAUAAACCCUCCUCUUCCUCCCCCUUCGCGCUCUGCUCUGAACAUCAAUGGAGUUUGAGGAGAGGAAGGCAUUGGCAUUAGCCGCCAUGGGCGAGGCGGAGAGCGAUAAAUCGCCCGAAGGCACGCUAGACACACUCAUCAUACCAAUCCUCAACACCCUCAACUCACACCCCUCCUUCUUCACCACCAGCUCAUGCUCUGGCCGCAUCUCCAUCCUCUCUCAACCCGCCAUACCCACCACCAAGUCGAAGAAAGCCAAAGGGGGCUUCUGGCUGUUCAUAACCCACGACCCUGCCGACCCCGACUUGGUCACCGACCUCCUCUUCCCCGCCGAGUCGACUCAGCCCUCCGCUCAGCACAGCGACCUCGUCUUCAGGUUCGAGCCCUUCAUCGUCGCCGUCGAGUGCAGAGACGUAGGCUCAGCUCAAUCGCUCGUUUCUACAGCUAUUUCUUGUGGGUUCAGGGAAUCGGGUAUUACAAGUGCGCACAAGCGCGUGAUUGUAGCGAUUCGCUGUUCUAUACGCCUGGAGGUGCCGUUGGGGGACACUUGUCGGAUGAUGGUUUCUCCGGAGUAUGUCCGGUACCUUGUUGGGAUCGCCAAUGAGAAGAUGGAGGCGAAUCGGGGGAGAACUGAGGGGUUCCUUCAAGCGCUUCGGCGCAAUGGGUUUGUGGGUAAUGAAAUUUUUUCGAAUACUGCAACAGAAGAUGAUAAGAAUGGCUCAGUCUGCAGCGAGGGUCAUGCUUGUAGUGUCAGUCAAGAUCAGGAUAGUAAUUUGCCGAGAACAGAUACUGACACCUAUUUUGGGUCAUCUGAAUUUCCUGGUUGUAACCUAUCUGUCGCUCCAAUGGCAAUUGCUGGUCAACCUUUGGAGAAGCUUUUUCUUUGGGGUCAUUCAGCCUGUACAUUGUAUAACACAAGUGACAGCAAAAUUUUAGUAUUUGGUGGUUUUGGAGGCAUGGGAAGGCAUACAAGAAGAAAUGACUCUUUGCUGCUUGAUCCAAUCUCUGGUAAAUUAAAAUCACUUGACACUGAGGACAGUCCAUCUCCACGCCUGGGUCAUACGUCUUCUUUGGUUGAACAUUCUAUGUUUGUUAUUGGAGGCAGGGCUGAUCCCACAAAAAUUUUGAAUGAUGUGUGGGCUUUCAUGAUAGCUGAGAAUAAGUGGAAAUUGUUGAAGUGCACUGGUUGUUUUUUCCCUCCAAGGCAUCGGCAUGCAGCAGCAGCCAUAGGUUCAAAGAUUUAUGUAUUUGGCGGGCUUAACAAUGAUAUAAUCUCUUCAUCCUUGCAUGUCCUUGAUACAGACGAUUUGCAGUGGAGUGAGAUAUGCGUCCAUGGGGAAUGGCCUUCUGCUCGUCAUUCUCACUCAUUGGUGGCAUAUGGAUCUCAAUUAUUUAUGUUUGGAGGGUAUAACAGGGAGAAACCACUAGGAGACCUUUACAGUUUCAGCAUUCAAACAUGUUUAUGGAAGAAGGAAAAGAUGGCGGGGAAACCUCCACAUGCAAGGUUCUCCCACUCAAUGUUUGCUUACAAAAAUUAUCUUGGCAUUAUUGGUGGUUGCCCUGUGAGACAACACUGUCAAGAAUUAGCAUUGUUUGAUAUGAGGUUACGUUUGUGGAAGCAUGUGAUACUCAACUCUAUUGGUAAAGAUCUAUUUGUUCGUAGUACAGCCAAUGUUGUUGGUGAUGAUCUUGUUGUAAUUGGUGGUGGGGCAUCUUGUUAUGCAUUCGGAACAAAGUUUAGUGAGCCAGUGAGGGUCAACUUGCUUCCAUUGAUGACUUUUGAUAACAUUCUUAUGCCUUCUGAAACUGGAGCAGAGCAUGCUAUUCAGUUUGAACAGGUUAUGGAAACAAAAGCUGGUGACUUUCAACAUCCACAAAAUGGAGUUGCAUUAAAUUUAACCAAAGGCCCUAGCUUAAAUAUUGAAGCUGAUCUGUCUUCCAUGGAUGUUGGACAUAAGAUGGUUGCUUCACAAUGUGCGCUACAACUUGAGAGAAAAUAUGCAAAAUUGGGGAAGGACAUAUUGAAGAAAUUUGGAUGGUUAGAUCUUGGUAGGAAGGCAUACUCACAGGAAGAUGGAAUGCAUAUUUGUUUUCCUGUAAGUGAAAAUUUUUGCAACAUUUUCCCAGAAAAUCAACAUCAGAUAGGAGAUUCAUUUGAAGGGCUGAAUGAUCCUCAUUUGUUCAAACCAUAUAUAAGAGGGGGGGUCUCAUUAAACAACGUCUCAUCUUUGACAGCUUUGAAUCUUCUAAUGGCCUGUGGUGCUUCUAAGAUUGCAGAUGAGGUUGUUGAAAUUAGAAGAGCUCCCAAAUCUCCAUUACAAAUAAUGGGUGUAGCUGUGGCCUCUUUGAUAAAGCGUAGAGGCCUAUCAGAACAGCUCUUAAAGCAGCUACCCGCAAGAUGGGAGAGACUUGGUGAUAUUGUUGUGCUUCCCGUGGCAUGCUUCAAGGACCCGCAAUGGGACUCAAUAGUGGAGGAGCUUUGGCCCACUGUUGCCAAAUCACUUAACACUCGUCGCCUUGCUCGCCAAGGACGUGUUGCCCCAACUGGCACAAGGGACAGUACCUUGGAGAUUCUUUUGGGGGAUGGUGGUUGGGUUGAUCAUUGUGAAAAUGGAAUUCUUUAUUCUUUUAAUGUAACCAAGUGCAUGUUCUCCUGGGGCAAUCUUUCUGAGAAGAUUCGCAUGGGCCAGCUGGAUUGUAGAGAUGAAGUUAUUGUGGACUUGUUUGCUGGUAUUGGAUAUUUUGUUUUGCCAUUCCUUGUCAGGGCCAAGGCUAAACUGGUUUAUGCUUGUGAGUGGAAUCCAUAUGCUGUUGAGGCACUCCAACAUAAUCUACAAGCCAAUUCUGUGUCUGAUCGUUGCAUCAUACUUGAAGGAGAUAACUGGAUUUUGGCUCCUAAAGGAGUUGCUGAUCGGGUUUGUCUUGGCCUCCUUCCAACAAGCGAGGGCAGCUGGGUUACUGCUGUAAGGGCUUUAAGGGCUGAAGGUGGAAUAUUGCAUUUACAUGGGAAUGUGAAGGACUCGGAGGAGGUUUUGUGGACUGACCAUAUAUCAAAAUCUAUACAUGAAAUUGCUCAAUCUGAAGGUUACUGUUGGGAAAUUUCAAUAGAUCAUGUUGAGAGAGUGAAAUGGUAUGCUCCCCACAUCCGUCAUCUUGUGGCAGAUGUGAGAUGCAGACAGAUUCAGAGAUAACAUUAAGUUGAAACAGCGGCUUAUUAGAGGGCUGAGGGCAGGACAUUGCAUGUGCAUGGGGAAUGAGAAGGACUCGAAGGAGGUUUUGUGGAAUCACCACGUUUCAAAAUCCAUACAUGAAAUUGCGAAAUCUGAAGGUACAACUUCACCAUUCUCCGCUUCGCGUAGGCUGCAUUUCUGAACCCAUCCAGCAAGAACAAACUACAGUUGUGGGAAGAAUUGACAUUUUGCGUAGGGGUUCGGCAGAUGUUUACAAAUGUCUAGAACCAAGGAGUGCCAUUCAAUAGUACCAGCGAAAAAUAUUUGGGUAGCUUGGUUAAGGAUCCAUAUACUUGUGUUCCUUACGUGCCUUAUUCAAAAUGACAAUGAAUUAUCUUAUGCGUACUUUGUACUAACAUAAUUAUAAGGUAAAACUGUUGUGUUCAGCUUCCUCUAACCUCUUUGUAACGACUAAAUUCGUGCAUUGAAUUAAGACGGGAAGAUUUUGUACAAAUAUUUAAUUUUUGAAA